CCAGUUGUGCCGGGCUCAGCAGCCGCAGCUGGGGGGCAGCGGGGGAAGGCUGGGGGGGCACAGCGGCUCCUUCCCCGCAGGAUUCCCCGCAGGAUUCCCCGCAGGAUCCCGGCUCCCAGCCCUUCCCAGGCUGCCUGCAGGAGUUUCCCGGGAGCUGCAGGCGGAUUGCUGCGGGAUCCAAUGCUGAGCGCUGCAGGGAGGGGAAUCAAACAUUCCCCAUUAAUGGUUAACCUGCUCCGGGCCGAGGGACACGGCUCUGCUGAAGGACAAUGACACCCUGCCCUUCUCUUCAUCAUUAUUAUUAUUAUUAUUAUGCUGCCGUCUCCUGGCUAACUCUGGACGAGUGGCAUCCCUGCUCUCCUGCUUUCUGCACAGCAUCCAAAGGUUGACAAGGACUUGAUUUGCUGCAGCUUUUUGUUCAGAUGGAUGGAACGCUCCCAUCAAGGUUGUUUACCCAGUAAAUGGAUCCCUGAGGAGCUCAAAGGCAAGAACACUCUCCUGGGAGCUGAUUUCCUCAUGUUUUUCUUGGAGCUGCUGAAAGAACAUCCCAGGAAAAUGGACGAGCCCUCCACCUAACACAGAGCUCUCCUUUCGGGAAUGCUCAGUGGAAAAGAGGCACCAUUCCAGCAUGAAAUCCAGUGCUUACCAGUAAGGACCAAAGGAUAAAUACAUUCCUUCCCAACAGCCCAAUAAAAUCUUCAAAAGGAAUUUUGAUACCAAGUGCUUCAAGGAUAAAGACUUUAUGUAAUUGCUGUGGGAUUCAGGACUGGCUGCACUCUCAUUCCUCUGAGUGUUCAACAAGAUGAUCUGAAUGUUUAAUUGGACUAUGAUAAGAAGACAGGAUCUGGAAAUAAAAGAUGAACCCACUUCAUGCAAAGAAAUCAAAAUUUUUAGUGUGUGUUGCUGUCUGUAUGUUCAUCUACACCUUCAUCUACCUAAAGGUUCCACUUUAUGACGAGUCAAAUGACCAAAAAUUCCAUGUCAGAAGAGCAGAAUGUGGUUAUUACCCGGAUGAAAUUUGCUCAGCUCUUUUUGUGGGGAAACCUGCAGCCUCUAAAAUUGGAAACUUUUGUCAGAAGUCCUACCAGCCCAAAGCCCUCAGCUGCAUUCAGAGUUCCUGCAGCUGCUCCACAGUCCUGAAGAAUCUGCAUUUUAUCACCAGACCGCUGUCAGAGGAAGAAGGAAAUUUCUCCUUGGCGUACAUUAUUACAAUUCACAAGGAGCUGGAAAUGUUUGUGAGGCUGCUAAGAGCUAUUUAUAUGCCUCAGAAUAUUUACUGCAUCCACAUUGAUGAAAAGUCACCCAGAGAUUAUAAAACUGCUGUACAGAACAUCGUUAACUGCUUUGAAAAUAUUUUUAUUUCCUCCAAAAGAGAACACGUUGUUUAUGCAGGGUUUUCAAGAUUACAAGCUGAUAUUAAUUGCAUGAGAGACCUCGUUAACUCCAAAGUUCAGUGGAAUUAUGUUAUUAACCUGUGUGGUCAAGAUUACCCCCUGAAAACAAAUAAAGAAAUCAUACAAUACAUAAAAAGUAAGUGGAAUGGGAAAAACAUCACUCCUGGGAUAGUGCAACCCCUUCAUGUGAAGCACAGGACAGAGGUCAGCUACAGGGAGUAUGUCCAUUCCGGGGUGCCCUACGUGUACCCAGCAAAGAUCAGGAAAGCUCAGCCUCCACAUAACCUCACCAUUUAUUUUGGCAGUGCCUAUUACAUCCUCACUAAGGACUUUGUGCAGUUCACGCUGAGCGAUGCCCGCGCCAAAGCUCUGCUGGAGUGGUCGAGGGACACCUACAGCCCUGAUGAGCACUACUGGGUCACCCUCAAUCGUUUACCUGAUGCUCCAGGGGCUACACCCAAUGCAGGCUGGCAAGGAGACCUAAGAGCCAUUAAAUGGAAAGAUCAAGAAGGACUCUCACACAAAGGCUGCAAAGGUCAUUAUGUCAGAGACAUCUGCAUUUACGGCCUGGGGGACCUGCAGUGGAUUAUUGAGUCCCCUCAUCUGUUUGCCAACAAGUUUGAGGCUGCUGGGAACCCGCUGGCGCUGGAGUGCCUGGAGAGGCGGCUGCGGCUCAAGGUGCUGCGCCAGGCUCAGGUGCCCAUCGAGCAGCACUGGCGCCUGCAGGAGCGCAGCCACUUCAACAUGCAGCUGGACGUGUGAGCUCAGCCCUCUCCCUGCAAAGCUGCAGCAUCCUGCCACAGAAAAAGGACAUUUACAGCCAUGGGCUUCGCUCUGUGCAUGGAGGGGAAAGCACAAUCCUGUACUCCCUAAAUAAUCGGGUUUUAUUUAUUCCGGCAGCGAGGGGUUAAUUCCCAAAGAAUGUCUGAAUCUCUGCUGAAGACAAGGGGGGAAGUUCAUAAUCCAUUAAGUGACUUAUUUAGCUGGAAAAGUCAAUAUUCCUCAUGUUCACAGCCAAAGCAUGACUAACUGGCAUGAAAAUAAUAAAAUGGAAGCAGUGACUGAACAAAGAUAAAGUAUGAAGAAAUAACAAAUUAAAGUCAUGACCCACUGAAUGUCUCAGGAAA